GUUUUUCUGAUUAUACAUUAUGCCCCUUUGGUGAACUCAUUGGCUGAGGUUAUACUUAAUGGUGACCUCUCGGUGUUUUCUUCUAAAGUUGAGCAAGAUGUACAGAAAAACUCAGCAAAGUCAAGUAUCAGAUGUUUCAUAAAACCAACAGAAUCACUUGAGAGGUCUCUUGAAAUUAACAAACAGAAAGGGAAGAAGAGGGUGCAGAAAAGACCCAACUAUAAAAAUGUUGGUGAAGAAGAUGAAGAGGAGAGGGGAUCUGAAGAUAACCAAGAUGACCUAGAUAAAACUAAAGGUACAGAAGUGAGUUCAAAGGGCAUCAGAACAAGCAGUGAAAAUGAAGAAAUAGAGAUGGUAAUCAUGGAGAGAUGUAAACUAUCAGAAUUGUCCAUCUCUGCUGUGACAGAGCAGAAUACAACAGAUGAAGAAAAGAGUGCCGCUGCCUCUGGGAGCGAGAUGACAAACUGGAACAGGCCUUUUCUUGAUAUGGUCUAUAAUGCACUGGACUGUGCUGAAGAUGAUUACUAUGCCCUUUUUGUGCUCUGUCUUCUAUAUGCAAUGUCACACAACAAAGGAAUUGACCCAGUCAAGCUGGAGAGAAUUCAGCUUCCAGCUCAGCAUGCUGAAGAGAGAAAUUCGUAUAAUCAUGUACUUGCAGAAGGGCUCAUCAGGAUCAUGAAUUACGCUGCACAACCAGAUGGAAAAAUCCGUUUGGCAACUUUAGAACUUGGCUGCCUGUUGCUGAAGCAGCUUGUGUUUUCUAAAAAUGGCAGCAUCAUAAAAGAUGUUCACCUUGCUUGCCUUGAGGGUGCGAGGGAAGAAAGUGUUCAUCUCCUUCGUCGUUUCUAUAAGGGAGAAGAAAUCUUUCUGGAUAUGUUUGAAGAUGAAUACCGGAGUAUGACAAUUAAACCCAUGAAUGUAGAGUACUUGAUGAUGGAUGCCUCAAUCUUGUUGCCUCCAACGGGGACACCACUGACUGGUAUUGAUUUUGUGAAAAGAUUACCUUGUGGAGACGUGGAAAGAACACGAAGAGCAAUCAGAGUUUUCUUUAUGCUCCGUUCUCUAUCACUGCACUUGCGAGAUGAGCCAGAAACUCAGUUACCACUCACAAGGGAGGAAGAUCUGAUAAAGACAGAUGAUGUUCUUGACUUGAAUAACAGUGAUCUCAUUGCUUGUACAGUAAUAACAAAGGAUGGGGGUCAAGUUCAAAGAUUCCUGGCUGUGGAUAUUUACCAGAUGAGUUUGGUUGAGCCAGAUGUUGCCAGACUUGGAUGGGGAGUUGUUAAGUUUGCAGGCCUUUUGCAGGAUAUGCAGGUGACAGGAGUAGAAGAUGACAGUAGAGCUCUGAACAUAAUAAUUCAUAAGCCUGCCUCAAGUCCUCAUUCUAAGCCAUUCCCUAUCCUUCAAGCUACAUUUAUUUUUUCUGAUCACAUUCGCUGCAUUAUUGCAAAACAGCGUCUUGCAAAAGGCCGUAUCCAAGCUCGGCGUAUGAAAAUGCAGAGGAUAGCAGCUCUCCUGGAUCUUCCUGUUCAGCCUUCAACUGAAGUUGUUAUGGGUUUUGGUCACAGCUCUGCAGCUACAGCCCAACACCUUCCAUUUAGAUUUUAUGACCAGUCACGACGUGGUAGCAGUGAUCCUACAGUGCAACGCUCUGUUUUUGCAUCUGUUGACAAAGUUCCAGGCUUUGCUGUAGCCCAGUGUAUAAAUCAGCACAAUCAAUCACCACUCUCGUCACCAUCACCUUCCAGUGGGAGUACAGGGCGCUGUGAUUCAGUGACGGCAAGCUCAACAUCCACUCCUUCUGCUGCACAGAGCCCAUCAGAUGAUGCUUCAGCUCCAGAGCAGCCUCAGAUGACCACUUCUGGUCAGAUUAUCAUUUCUGGUCAGACGAUGCUGACUGAUGAAACUCUCUCAGCUGUCUCAAAGUCUAGCAAGAAUGCUGCAAAAACCAGUGACAUAGAAACAGCAAACCUGUCUCCUAGCCUGAUUCCGGCACAGCAGCCCACAAUAUCAUUAAUAACAGAUGACAAUACGGAUGCACUAAGUGUAGAGUCACUUACACUGGUGCCACCAGUUGAUCCACACAGCAUUCGAACAUUCGGCUGCAUUCCUCAGUCCUCUUUGCAAUCUGAACUUGAAGUUUGCAAGGUAGAAGAGGUAGAGGAAGAAGUUCUGACUAAAGCCAGCCUGCAGACUGCGGUAAACAGUGAAGCAAAUGCAACCAAAUACUUCAUUGUUUUUUCUUUGGGAGUGCGGACACAAAGCCUGAGAGGCCAUCUGGUCCACAAGAAGAGGCCCACUGGUGAAAGAGAAUGUGGGCAGCUUUUAGAGUAA